AUCUUCCCCAGCCUAGUCUAACAGUGAUUCCUGCAGUCAUCAAAGAGAGAGACUCAGUUCAGAUGAACUGUCAGACUGCUCCAUCUGUCUCUGAGUGUUACUUCAAAAUAGAGGGGCAAGUGGAAUUUACCCUACCAUCACCCUGUCAACAGACACUCACAGGAACACUACUGUUGAGGUGGACAGGUCAGAGUUCACCAGCUGAGGUCAAAAUACAAUGUCAGUACAAUGAUACAGGUUCACAGUUUAGAUCCAUAUACAGUGAGCCUUCUACAGUCACAAUUCAGGGUAAGAAGAUUGUUUUUAAUGGUUGUAAACUAUUUACUGUUGUGCCAUGAUUACCAUGUUCCUCUUGGGAUAUUUUAUCAUGCUGUUUGUUGUAAUAAGCUAUUACAUGAAGUAAUCAAGCAAUAUAUGAUAUCUCCUUAAUUUCCCAUAAUGUCGCUACAUGAGAUAAUUGACUCAAGAUCCUUAAGUCUAAAAUAACAAGGAGGGAUUAGGCUGUCAGUAAAUUUCUCAAAACCACAAAAUGCUAAAUGCUUAAUUCCCCUAUUCUCACAGACCAUCCUCAGCUGACAGUGAAUUCUACAGUCAUCAGAGAGAGAGAAUCAGUUCAGCUGAGUUGUGAGACUCCUCCAUCUCUCUAUGUGUCUCACUGUUACUUCUACAUAGAGGGGGUGAAGAAUCUUCCAGACUCAUCGUGUACGCAGACAAUAACAGGAACUGAGCUGCUCAAGAGGGCGGAAUCAACAAUUCCAGCUGUGGUCAAAGUGAAAUGUUACUACGCUAUAGGGAAGUCUCACAUAUCUCCUUUCAGUGACCCUGUCUCAGUCACUGUUCAGGGUAAGUAGGUGGUUUGUAAAAUUAUACACUUCACUGUUAUACUGUAUGCUCAUUAUGCUUGUUCAGAAAAUUAGAUCUUAUCUCAUGUUUCACCAAUGUCUUCAUUUCACUUAAUAGGUCUUACUGUAGGUUUUACUGUACUAUGCAAACAUAGAUACUGAUGUAGUUAAAAAUGAAGAGUUCGACAGUAUUUAUAGAUUUUACAUACUGUUAGUAUGUAUGGAUUACCUGUAAUGUUUUUAAAUGCAACAAUCAAAGAAGCACACUCUAUUCUUCUGAUCUCACAGACCCACCUCCUCCCAGGCUGACAGUCAGUUCUACAGUAAUCAGAGAAAGAGACUCAGUUCAGCUGAGCUGUGAGACUCCUCCAUCUGUCUCUGUGUCUCCCAAACUAACACAGCAGUUCCGAUCGGUGGCCAAUGUUCAUUCAGGUCUUUCUGAGCAGGGUUCGUUUGUUCGGUUCUACCCGAGCAGGGUUCGUUCGGCUCUACCUGAGCAGGGUUCGUCUCUUCCUCCCGAGCAGGGAUCGUAAGUCGAUGGCUGGUUUGGUAGUCGAUGGUUGGUCUGGUAGUCGAUGGCUGGUCUGGUAGUCGAUGGCUGGUCUGGUAGUCGAUGGCUGGUCUGGUAGUCGAUGGCUGGUCUGGUAGUCGAUGGCUGGUCUGGUAGUCGAUGGCUGGUCUGGUAGUCGAUGGCUGGUCUGGUAGUCGAUGGCUGGUCUGGUAGUCGAUGGCUGGUCUGGUAGUCGAUGGCUGGUCUGGUAGUCGAUGGCUGGUCUGGUAGUCGAUGGCUGGUCUGGUAGUCGAUGGCUGGUCUGGUAGUCGAUGGCUGGUUCGGUGUUCAACGGCAGAUCGCCUACUGUCCCUCGCUCUGCACCAGCCCAGCUGCAUGGUAGAGUUGGGUUUAGCCUAUCACAGCAGCGUCGGGCGUGUCUCCAGUGUCUGUAGUCGUGGGAGACACAAAACAUACAAUUAGAGCAUGUACUGGCCAACAAUUGGGGUCACAGUCACACGUUUGAAACAAGCACUUUCCUUUAGUAGUGCUAUAGAGAGCGUUGUGAUUUGUGUCUUUCCCACAGCAGGGGACCAGCGGAGAGGAGCAGUGAGUCGGUCGAGAGGUCACUGGUCCAGUUCCUUUUAACUCUAGUUCUGGGGCGUGUUUAGUAAUUAGUUUGGGGACGGAGGAGUUGAUAGAGAAUUGGCAUCAGCUGUCUCAAUGUCACUUUAGUCCAUGCUAAUCUGUGAAAUCACAGGACACCAUACAAGCAGGCAAAAUAGUCCAUGCGAUUCCAUUUGAUUUCACACGGAAGAAUGUAAGGAAUUAAGUGAAAGGCAAUCGUUGUAAACACACAGCACACAUGAUUAAAUGGCACUCAUAAAUAUGCAUGAUAUCAAAUAAGACAUGCUGAUACGUAAUAUAAAGAGAUUGGUAGGCUCUAGUUUAGUAAGAGUCAGUGUCACUUGUGAUAUAUACAUUACAUUCAAAUAGAGUAAUGCAAAAAGGAGUCUCUGUCCUUUCCUAACAGAUCCAAAACCAGACAUUACAGUCCAUUUUGAUGGGUACAUCAACAUCAUCUGUUUGAUUCCUGGAUCUGUGAGUCCUGACACCACCUGUAACCUGUAUGUUGGAGAGGAGAGUCAGCCAUCCUUCACAGCAAAGAUCAAGAAGACAAAAGCACCCUCUGCAUCCUAUCAGUGGUUCUGUCAAUUCAUUGUUAAUGAGAGUGAUCUGAUCAGACAUCUACAGUCAGUGAGGCGUAAGGAGGUGAGCUGUGACUAUAGAGUGAGCUCAGGACCAAACUCUCUCUCUCCACACAGUGAUGGGUACAGAUUUACAGGUGAGUGAUUAAAUAUACAAAUCUAUCAGUGCUGCAGGUCUUCAUAAUCUGACUCACUUUGAUUUUAGCAUCUUCUUAGUAUUACUAUAUUCAUUCUGACCCACAAACUAAAUACCACAUUUCAAUCCCAAAAAUGUUUUUAGAUCUGGUGGGAGUUCACAUUAGUGAUCCAACAAUUAUACAGACACCUUCUAUAGCAGGUAGGCUACACAUUUGUUAUUUUAUAGUGGCACUGCUGUUAUUUUAAAACAUAGUGGGUUUCAGCAAUAAGAAUAGUUGUGUAAAUGUUUAAAUUAAGCUGUUCUGUUAGAUAAUUAAGCUGUUCUAUAGAUAGGACACCAGCCUCAACACUAAUGCCUGGGAUCAUCAGCACAAGUAAUAUCAUAUCUGUGUUCAUCUAGUCGAGUGUUUAGAUUGUAUCUAUGCACUGUUAUGCUUCUGUUGUUAGAUAACAUGGUGAUCUUAUUCUAGGAAGCUGACAACAACAUUUAACACCUUAUCUGUCCUGAAAGACUUGAUCACUUUAUGAAUUGGUCUUAUCAUCUCUAUAAUGAGGAGAAAUAUAAUCUACCUGGAAUAGAAGCAAUCUGUCCGUAGUGAUUUUUAUAGUCCUACUUUGCCCACUUUGAAAGUCAUAAAGAUAUUUCAAAAGUCCAACAACAACAUAAUGAUUAUUAAUAUGAUCAUGAAGAAAAUGCUAAUUGUAUUAUUAUGUCUUCUCAGUGGGUUUGACUCCAGGUCCUAGAUCUACUUUGCCAGCCACCACGACAGUGAGUCCUACAGAAGGUGUGUUGGUCCUCUAAAUCACCAUCUCUGCAAAUACCAAUAGUACAGUCAAUGGUUUAGAUUACGGGCCUGUAAAAUUAAGUGACCAAAGAGUUAAUGUAAUACUGUAUUCUUGUGUAAUCAUAUUGCUUCCGACUAGUUUCAACUGUUACUUCUACUUUGACCCCAGACACCACAGUGAGACCAACUACCAGUAAGUAGGCCCACUAAGUUUAACUUAGUUUGCAAUUACAAUAUUUUUGUUCACAUUAAUUCACUAAAGCUCCAACCUGUUUACUAAUAGACCUAUUCAUAGCUGCUUGUAAUUUCAGUCCAGAUUUGUGUACUUUUAGUCCAUCUGAUUUGUAGGUAAUGUGUAGUGUACUUCUCUUUUCUGCUUAUUGAAUGACCUCAGAUAUUAAAUGAAUUUACAUUUGUUUUUGUGUAAUAUGAGUCAUCUCUUCUCACCAGGUUUGACCUCCCCUUUGACCCCCAGCACGGCAUUGAAUCCUAUAACAGGUCUCUUAGUCAUCUUUAUCUAGUUAGCAAAUAAAAGUAAAACAAAUAGAGAAAGCUUCAUAUUCUCUAGGUUUUUGUACGUGUUUUUCCCAUCACAAAUUUGCCUCAUUACAAAAAGAGGUUGAUAUUUGAUUGAAUAAAACCCAUUUCGAUGUAUUUGUGUAUAAUCCGAUUCAAUGAUUUGGUUUGCAUCAGGGUCGACUGUUUGUUGUACCUUGACCACUGACACCCCAGCGAGUCCAACGGAAAGUAAGUAUAGCCAAUAGGUUUAAUUUAAUUUGCAAAAUAUUUUUGUUUACUAAAGCAUAAACCAGUUUUGCAAAUAUAGCCAAAUGUAAAUUCAGUCAAGGGUUUAGUAUUAAUCAAACAAUUUGUCUCAUUAUAGAAAUAUGUACAUAACUCUGUUAUUAAACUGUCUUUCUCUCUUGCAUGUGCCCAGGAGGUCAAAGCUCCACAGAAAGUGAUGUGGAAUCAAACAGUCAAGAAAGCAUUCUGGGUAAGUAUCCUUUUCUAGCUGUCUUUUCUCACACAUAUGAAAACAGAAGAACAAUGUGGUCUCAGAAGAACAAUGUGGUCUCCAAGAGC